AUGACCUACAAAACGAAUGUGGUGGAGCUUCUGCAGGAGGAGAUCACUACUUUCGAGGGAUCGCAGUGGGCCCGGGAGGUGGAGCUGCAGGAAGCUGCCAAGGCGAUGGAGGAGCAGUGCGUGGCAAGGCUCAGCGCGGUAUACGCGGAGGCCUCUAGCAGUGAAAAUUUCAGCCGCUUCCUGAAGCUUUUGGACCGGGCGAAGGAGACGCUAUUCCUGCGACUGACGGCUAGGAAGCAGCCCGAACCUCCUGAAGCCCAUACCCCGAGUAGCCGCCUGCUUGUGGAGGUGGCGAGCGGCAGCGAGAGUAGCGAGUUCUGGUUCCAGUUCUUGCAGCGUUUCUUAGCUGAAGGCAUGGGUGGUCGGGACAACACGCAGCAGUCAUCUCUCCCAACAUCCCCUUGGAAGCGCAUACGUCGCGCGCUGCCCUUCGAGCUGUUUACGACAAGCCUCUUGGCUGCAAGCGUGUCCGCAACAGGCCCUGUCGUGCCAAUGGCCUCCGGGCUCGAUGACAGCCUGCAGGACGUGCGGCGGGCCCUUCACAAAGUCUUGGAGGAAGAGUCCCACCUGCUCAUGACCCAGCUCCGCGGGGAGAUCGCCGCGGAGCUCCGGGCGCUCCACAGCCGUGAGUUGGCGAACUUCGGGCUACAGUUAAGACACAUGCUAUCGGAGGUGCCGACGCACGCGCCAGCAGAGAAGCCAACGCAUAGCGAGGAGGCUCUAGGAGCCAAUAAAUUAUCGCCACCGGACCUCGAAUUGCAGGCUCAGUCCUCAAAGAGUCCGGACCUGUGUAUCGCCACAGAGAGCGAUUCGCAAGGCACAGCAUCCACGGCCUCAACCACGGUUAAAGAGGUCGUACAACGGGACGAAUCGACGGGCGAAGUUCCUGUCACUGCCAAAAUGUCCUGCGUGCCGGACUCUUGUACCGUGGGCCUAGUCAACCACGAGCUCAGAUCACCGCUGAAUGGCCUGGCAGGUUACGCCAGGACCUUGGCGGAAACUGAUGCGAAGUACCAGAAAGAGUUCAGGCUCUUCACAAACACAGCGCAGUUUGCUCUCGAGAACGUAACAAACCUGAUCGAUCUGUGGACCUAUGCAGGCAAGCAGAUCAGUGACCUGGUCUCGGUUGGAGUCUCGAUUGAGGACAUAAACGACCUCACCGAGGAGCGUCUUAGCAGGUCGACGACCAGGAAGGGAAAGCCGCUUCUCAAAAGCGCAGUUGCUUUGGAGAUGACGGUGGAGGAUCCCAGCCUUGCUAUGACGGGCGACUACACUGCGCUCACAGUCAUGCAUUUCCACCUCGUGGCCAACAGCAUCAAGUUCACAGAGCGUGGCAAGGUGUCGGCUACGUGGAGGCGGACUGAGGAAGGCCUUUGUCUCAGCGUCCGUGAUACAGGUAUCGGCAUAGCAACCAAAAGCAUGGACCGCAUCUUCGAGCCUUUCGACGUUGAGGACAAGUCGGAGUCUCGAAAGCACGAGGGCAUUGGCCUGGGUCUGGCUGCGGCUCGCUGA